AUGCAGAUCUACGGGCUCAUAUUGAACGAUACCGAGGAACGUAUCUUAUUGUCUGCGAUCGCUAAAUGCCGAGCCCACUCGACUGACCUCAUAGAAAAAUGCGAUAUGGCAUUUGAGCAAACUCAUGGCAACGAUGACGAGAAUGAGGACGCUUGCGAGAAUGAGGACGCUUGCGAGAAUGAGGACGAUACCUGUGAAGCAUUAUGCCCACCAAAGACUGACGAACACCCCCGGCCGUUCAACUGCCCUUACAAAGACUGCAAACGGACGCAGCCAUUCGAUAAGAAGAAAAAGCUUCGACGGCACUUUGCAAUACACGUCAGAUGCGAGGAAGUGUGCGUGUAUUGCUUUCGAGUUUUUACCGUCGCAAGCCAAUAUAUUGCACAUGCAGGGAGCCAUAGAGAGGCAGACAUGACAAAAGAUUCGUAUAUAGCCCGUAUUUGCGAUAGGCUCCGAAAACGCGUCGAUGACGAGCUUUGUUCUCUACUUGGAAGGUCUCUGGAUCUACCCAACAGAGACGAGAACAGCGCCCAGAAACGAUUGAUGGAGGUCGCAGAUUUCAGCUCAAUGAUGCCAGAAGCUCAAACGACCAUUCCAAGGUCAGAUUCGUAUGGUGUUAACGAAUCGAUUACGAACCCAGAGUCUCUUGCCUCCUUUCAUGACCUUAUUGGUACUGGACCUCGUGGGCACCUUCCGACCUCCAUUCAACUUGUCACUACUCUUACAUCGUUACCUAACAAUGAGGAGCCCGUGGCCAUAAAUGAUGGCUUUGCAGAUGCUUCGGGGCCAGCCUUAUACCCGAAUUCCCAACUCCUGAACGAAUCGUACGAAGAUUAUAGCGCUCCAGUCUUCUGGAACAUGACUUUUCCGCCCAUCCACAUGGCGGAGCAAUAUCAUGGGGGAUCAAAUGAAAUUCAUACAAGCGUCAUGACUUCCCCCCUACUCUCAACAGCCGGUCGAACCCAAAGUAUGCAAACACAAAGCAUGCAAGAAAAUGAUGGCAUUGGCUUUCAGAAUGCAUCCGCGGCAUACCAAGACCCAUGA